UACUUCUGUGGCCUGGGAAGAGGAAGUGGAGCACAGCAGACAGGGGAAAUGCCUGCUGAAUCUUAAGAUCUGCUUAUUCCCACCUCUUUUUGUAAAGGCCUUUCCCUACCUCUGUCCCCUGCUAACCCAAAUCCUGAUCCUCUCUCAUGACCAAUUGCAGAAAGGAAAGAAAAUCCCUUCGCUCCAAAAUGACAUCUGGAGAACCAAAGACAAGCCUCAAAAAUGCCUACCCAUCUGCCAAAAGGCUGGUGCCGAAGGUAGAGGGGGAGGUAGAAGCAGAGGACUACUGUACCCCUGGAGCCUUCGAGCUGGAGCGUCUCUUCUGGAAGGGCAGUCCCCAGUACACCCAUGUCAACGAGGUCUGGCCCCAGCUCUACAUCGGUGAUGAGGCGACGGCACUGGACCGCUACGGGCUGCAGAAGGCGGGCUUCACGCACGUGCUGAACGCGGCCCACGGCCGCUGGAACGUGGACACUGGGCCCGACUACUACAGCGACAUGGCCAUCGAAUACCACGGGGUUGAGGCGGAUGACCUGCCUACCUUCGACCUCAGCGUCUUCUUCUACCCGGCAGCCGCUUUCAUCGACGCCGCACUCAGCCACCACCACAGCAAGAUCCUGGUUCACUGUGUCAUGGGCCGCAGCCGGUCAGCGACCCUGGUCCUGGCCUACCUGAUGAUUCACAAGAACAUGACCCUGGUGGACGCCAUUCAACAAGUGGCCAAGAAUCGCUGUGUCCUACCCAACCGGGGCUUUCUGAAGCAGCUCCGGGAACUGGACAUGCAGCUGGUGCAGCAGAGGCGACAGGUCAAGCACGGUGCCAACAGCGAGAAGGUGUGUGCUGAUGAUCGGGGGGAAUCAAAUCUGCCUCCUGGAUGAGGACUUGGCUUCACAGCAGAGUGGCGCAGACGGCCUUCUCAGCAGAAUUGGUUAAAGAAGAGCAUGCAGUUCUGCACAAAGGCGCCUGUAUUAUGAUUAUUAUUGUUAUUAUUAUUACUAUUAUUAUUUUCUGGUAAGAUGGAAGCAGAAAAGGAUCAGAAAAUAUGUAGGCAUUGAGCUGUGAUUAAAUGUUUGGCAUUGUCUGAAAGUCAAA